AUGUCUGAACGCCAGGACGCAAAUGCCUCCUGGGAGAGCGGUUCCACCCAGGCAGGUACCUCCAUCCCCAGUCGGAGAUACGAAUCUGUGGGGGGAGGGGGGGGGAAAGGUUCUUUGAACUGUAUUGCACUGAUAAUCUUUGCCCACUGGGGUGAAGUCACUUGCUGUGAUCUGAUGGCUCCCACCAUGUCAGCAAGGGAGUCUACAGAAACAAGUCAAUCUCAUCCUUACAAUGGUGGUGGAGAGGGGGAGAAUCUCGCCCGACGGCGGAGACAUCCCAUCCUCAUCAUCACGUUUCUUGUCUUAUCUGUGAUCUUCUUCAUCAUGAUGGAGUCCUUUGGAGCCAUUGAACUUGCCAGCAUCCUCCUCAUCAUUUUUUUCUUUCCUGUUACUUACUUUGCCUUCUUGUUCAUAUACAAGAAAAUCUGCUCCAGGCUCAGACCUGAGUCUCAAGUGGUUGUCAUUCCAAUUGAUCCUCAAGCAGUGACAUUCAUCGACGAUGGUCGUGGAAUUGGAGGAGCACGCUUUGUUGUUUCGGGGAUCCCCACUCCUUCAAUUCCUGGCCCUCAGGCUGACUCAGAUCCUCCUCCAGUCUACCUGCAGCAGCACAGUGAACCACCAGCUUAUACAGAGGAAGAACCACCUCCGCCUUACCCGCCCCCUUCAUAUGAUGAAGCCAUAAGGCUCCCACCACCUAGUCCCACGCAAGAUGAAUCCUCCACUCAGAAGAGGUGAUCAUUCUCUCUUUUGAGAGGUGUAUUCAUGUAUAUAUAUUUAUUUUUGGAACUUACUG